CCAUUAAAAUUGCCCUACAGGAGUCCCUCUUAAUUGCUGGGAUAUUCGGUAUCCGCUCUUUUCAGGAGGAAUCUUAGCAAAUGCAAUAUAUGGUGGUUAUAGCUGUUAUUGUCCAAGUAAUAUUAAUAGAUAGUUAUUUGGUUGUGUUCUUGCCAUGUAGGUAACAUAUUACUUGACGUUUCGAAUUUAGCAUAGUAGAAUCAGGGGGCGGGUUUGCCUGCCAGGCUCUACCUUGGACAGCUCUCACUGCUGUUACCAGGCAGACAUAGUUCCAAUAUGGCAGCAACGGGGAACGCAGAAGAGACGCAGUUGCAAGAGAUGGAGGAAGAGGCAGGGAUGGAGAGAGAAAUGGAUUCAGAUGAAGAGGAGGGUAUGGGAAUCGAAAAUUCCGACGAUGAAGAAGACGAUUCGUCAGAAGAUGAUAAAGAGAAUGAAGCCGAAAUUCAGCGUUUGGAGGAGCAGCUGUCCAUCAAUGCUUUUGACUACAACUGUCAUGUGGACCUCAUAAAACUCCUGAGGCAGGAGGGGGAACUGCCUCCACUGCGUAAGGCAAGGCAGAAGAUGAGUGAGCUCUUUCCACUGACUGAAGAGAUAUGGCUGGACUGGCUCAAGGAUGAGAUCCGCCUAACCGAGGAGGAGCAGAACCGGGAGAAAGUCUACGAGCUCUUUGAGAUGGCUGUGAAAGAUUAUAUCUGCCCUGAAAUCUGGCUGGAGUAUGCCCAGUACUCUAUUGGGGGCAUGGGACUGCCUGGUGGGAUGGAGAAGGUGAGGUCCAUCUUCGAGAGAGCCCUGACAGCCGUGGGGCUGCACAUGACCAAGGGGGCGACUCUGUGGGAGGCUUACAGGGAGUUUGAGAACGUCAUACUGGCAACUGUUCAGCCUCCCCCUGGCAUCGUCCCCACCUGCGAGCAGCAGGAGCUUCUGAACGCUCAGCUCGAACGCAUCCACACUCUUUUCCGCCGCCAGCUGGCCAUCCCCUUAAUGGACAUGGAAGGAACAUAUGCAGAGUAUGAGGAGUGGUCUGACCAGGGGGUGUCUGAUACAGUCUCCCAGAAGUACAAGAGGGCCCUGCAACAGAUGGAGAAGAGCAAGCCUUAUGAGGAGACUUUGAUGGCAGCCGAGCCACCCAAGCUAGCAGAAUAUCAGACCUAUAUUGACUAUGAGCAAAAGGAGGGUGACCCGGCACGGAUCCAGAUCAUCUUUGAGCGGGCACUGGCAGAGAACUGCCUGGUACCGGACAUGUGGGCCAAGUACACCAAGUACCUGGAUCGUCAACUAAAAAUCAAAGACCUGGUCCUGUCCUCUCACGACCGUGCGGUCAGGAACUGCCCCUGGACCAUGGGCCUGUGGAAGAACUACCUGCUUGCCCUGGAGAGGCAUGGGGCUGACCACCACACUAUCUCAGACGUUUUUGAAAAGGCCUUGAAUGCCGGAUUCAUACAAGCUACAGAUUAUGUUAAUAUCUGGGAAGCGUACCUCGAUUACCUGAGGCGGCGUGUCGAUUUCAGCAAAGGUGAAAGCACCUUAACAUUGGAGUCGAGCAGAGAGCUGGAGGAGCUGCGGGCAGCCUUCACCCGUUCUCUAGACUAUAUGAAACAGGACGUGGAAGAGAGAUUUAGUGAAAGUGGAGACCCUUCCUGUACCAUCAUGCAGGUCUGGGCAAAGAUAGAGGCCCUGCAUUGUAAGAACAUUCAGAAAGCUAGAGAACUGUGGGACAGCAUCAUGACAAAAGGGAAUGCCAAAUUCGCCAACAUGUGGCUGGAGUACUAUAACCUGGAGAGGUCGUACGGAGAUGCUCUUCACUGCAGGAAAGCCCUCCACAGGGCCGUCCAGUGUACCUCCGACUACCCUGAGCAUGUGUGCGAGGUCCUGCUCACCUUUGAGAGGGUUGAGGGGUCUCUGGAGGACUGGGAUGCAGCGGUGCAGAAGACUGAGACGAGGCUGAACAGAGUAAACGAGCAGAGGGCCAAGUCCCUCUCUCAGGUGGCAGAGAAAGAGGCUCAUCUGGUCCGACAGGAGGAGGAGAAGACUGAACAGCGGCGGAGGGCCAAGGCAGACAAGAAGAACCAAAAGAAGGGACAGAAAGGCAGCAGGCCUGGAGAGAAGAGGAAGGCAGAGGAUGAGGAUAACGAGAAUGAGUGGGGGGAGACAUCGGAGCAACCUCCAAAGAGGCACCGAGGGGAGGGCAACCAGGGCAGCUUCAGGGGAGGAGGUGCUGAGGAGUACAUGGAGACAGAAAGUGGACUAUUUGGGAGGAGAGCCCCCCCUUGCCGUAGACAGGAACCCCCUGGUGCUAAGAGGGGCCAACAGAUGGCACCAGCCACCGUACGGAAGACCCAGGAAGACAACCCCGAACAACGCAAGGAUGACUGCAGUGUGUUUAUCAGCAACCUGGCCUUCAGCAUGGAGGAUCCAGAGAAGAGACUGAAGGAGUUGUUUGAGCCCUGUGGUCCUGUCCAGUCGGUGCGCCCCGUCUAUGCUGCCAAGGGCUUCAGAGGGUACUGCUACGUACAGUUUGAGGGCAAGACGUCCGUGCCCGAGGCCCUGAAGAUGGACCGGCGUGAGGUCGAUGGCAGGCCAAUGUUCGUAUCGCCUUGUGUGGAUAAAAACAAGAACCCUGAUUUUAAGGUGUUUAAGUACAACACAAACCUAGAGAAACACAAGAUCUUUAUUUCGGGCCUGCCCUUUUCCUGCACCAGGGAGCAGCUGGAGGAGCUGUGCAAGGAUCAAGGCACCAUCAAGGACAUCCGCCUGGUCACCAACCGCUCAGGCAAACCCAAGGGUCUGGCGUACGUGGAGUUUGAAGAUGAGGCUCAGGCUUCCCAGGCCGUGCUGAAGUUGGAUGGCACGGUACUACAGGAACACACACUCUCUGUUGCCAUUAGCAACCCACCUCGCAGAAAUGCAGCCGACAAGCCUGACUUCAGCAGGCCCAUGGGAGCCAUGAUGCCCCGGGCUAUGGUCUAUGGAUCGAGGGGAAAAGGGCGAACCCAACUCUCACUAAUCCCUCGUUCCCUACAUCGGCAGACUGGAUCAGAAAGUAAAGCAGAAAAUGGGACUGCACCUAAACCCACAGGGGGUGCAUCCGGAGACGCUGGGUUUGAAGCACAGGCCAAGCCCAUGUCCAAUUCAGACUUUGCCAAAAUGCUUCUCAGAAAGUGAAAAUUAUGGAAAAACAAAUGACUGCCUUUUGUAUGGAAAGCCAUCUUGGGUCCUUGAGAAGAAAUGGCAGAUCUUGUGCUGUUUGACUCCCCUUUAUUCACUCCCAUGGGCUCAUUCUCCUUGUCACUUUUUGUGAGAAAGCCUUAAUCUCCCUCCCUCCUUCGACUGGCCCCAAACUCCAUAUUACCAUUCUUUUGAACAAUGUUUGAUUGAUAUUCCUUUUGAACAAUGAUUAAUUCAUAUUCCUUUUGAAAAAGUGUGAGCGACCAAUUUCGGCUUGCUUUUUUUAGAUUGGAAAAGGUGUUUUUAUAGAAGACGUGUAAAUAUUUUUUUUCUGAAUUGUUAACUGCUAAAACAACCCAGCUUGUGAAUUAUGUUUCUUGUUGUUUUUAAAAAGUAUAUGCAAGAGCUUGACAUUUGAGAUGUGUUAUAGAUGAUGUAUUACAAUAAUGAAAAUAAUUUCCCCCCAUUUGUGUUUAAGUUUCACAUAUUUUGAAUAUUCUAUCGAAUCCUGGUGUAAUUUCAUGUUUAUCCAAGCAGGCAGAAAUACAGCCGGUAUGAUGUGUUUUGCAUCAGAUGCACAAAAGCAAUAUAACAUUUAGAAUGGGUGAAUCUUUCCUCUAAGGUAUCUUCAAUGUCAACAUGCCACUAAAAUCUUUUGCGUCCCUUACAGGGCAGCUAACAUGCAACGAUAUUUGUUCCCAAACAGUGAAAGACUAAUGCUUCGCUUUACAGAAUAUUACCUUAAAUGGCAGUUGUACAAAUAAUUUAUUUGCAGAUGUACUAAUUCCUUACUGUUAAAAUCCUUUAUCCUUCAUCUAUAGCUGUUAAAAGGUUUAUUGCUGGCACUAUAAUUUAACAGGUAGUCGUGUGCAUGUCAUUAACCCAGCGCCCCAUUAUGUUAUCUUACCUGAAAUGAUUGGAGGACAUUUUUGUUGUACGUCAUAUUUUCCUUAGAUUGUUUCCAAUUUACUUCCAGGUAAGUUAGUUUAUUAAAUACCUUAACCAUCUGUGGAAGUCUUGAGAUGGGUAGGGAAUGAAGAACUGACAGUUUGGAGAAGCUGUCAUCCUAGUAUUGUAAUGAGUACUGUCCACAAGUGAAUCAACUGUUGUUGGGAGAAGAAUCUAUGCAGCUGUUUGAUUGCAAGAGCCCUCCAUCAAAUCUGCCCUACAAUAUAUGUUCAGUAUGUGAUAACAUCAUGGGAAUGCAGGUUUAUACUUAAUUCAGAACUGUCUCCUUUUCCUUUCAAAUCAAUCCUGUUUGGAUGAGUGGGGAAUGUCAAAUGUGUGUUCAGACUCCGUGGUUGACCAUAGUUUUGUAAUACAUUUGUUUUGAGAAUUAUUAGCUAUAUCUAUCAAUGUUCUAUCACCACAGUGGCCUAAUCCAGGGUUUCCCAAACUUCAUUCUGCCCCCCCCCCCACAUUUGUUUUCUCUCUAGAACUACACAAGAUUCAAUAACCGACUCAAGCUUUGAAUCAGCUGUAUAGUGCUAGGGGGAAAACAAAAUGUGCACCCAGGGGGGCCCCAGGACCGGGUUUGGGAAACCCUGGCCUAAUCUAGUUAGAGACUACAAAUGUUUGAUCUUUAGAAGUGGCUUUGUUUUGUCCAAUACAAAAAUAUGGGGUGUGUGGUCAUUUAUUAGAACAAAUGUAAACUAGUGUUUUUUUUAAACUAAAUUAUCAAUGCAACUUUCUGAGAUUGUACGUGGUCUAUUUUUCUGUGAUUUUAUUUACUACUUAUUUGGAUGUUGUAAAAUUGCCAUCUUGUGGUUUGUUGCUGUUUUGGCCUAAAGUUUAUUAAAACAAUUCAAAUAA